AGAUAAAAACUUACUUUAUUUCAGUGCGUGAUAAUAGUUUACAGUAAAUAACUGUUCAAUUAAAACAGUUUCACUGUGAACUGUGUGUGUGGUGUGUGAAUUUUCUGUGAACUAUCGAGGUGUUUUUGUACCAUCAAGAAUGGAUAAUUUUCAAAAAACUCCCAAAACAACGCCGAUCACGGACGAUUACCAUAUCUCCAACACAGUCCUCGGCCUUGGGAUCAAUGGAAAGGUUGUGGAGUGCAAAUCAAAGUCCACCGGUGCCAGACGAGCGUUGAAGGUGCUACAUGACAGUGCAAAAGCCAGGAGGGAGGUGGAACUACAUUGGCGGGCCAGCGGGUGCAUACACAUUGUCGAGAUCGUUGAUGUAUAUGACAACACAUACGGAGGCAAGCGAUGUCUUCUCGUGGUUAUGGAGUGCAUGGAUGGAGGAGAACUGUUCCAGAGAAUCCAGGAUAACAGGGAAGGAGCAUUCACUGAGAGACAGGCGGCCGAGAUAAUGCACUCAAUCUGCGUAGCCGUCCGUCACCUCCACGACUCGAACAUAGCCCACCGGGACAUCAAACCAGAGAACUUGCUCUAUACGAGUGCAGAACCAAACGCGGUGUUGAAACUGACAGACUUUGGAUUCGCUAAGGAGACCCUGACGCCCGCUGAUACGCUACAAACGCCGUGUUACACGCCUUACUAUGUCGCCCCUGAGGUACUAGGUCCAGAAAAGUACGACAAGUCAUGCGACAUCUGGUCGCUAGGUGUGGUGAUGUACAUACUUCUGUGCGGGUUCCCGCCGUUUUACAGCAACCACGGGCUUGCCAUAUCGCCGGGGAUGAAGAAGCGCAUCAGGCUGGGCCAGUACGAUUUCCCCGAGCCGGAGUGGUCAAACGUGUCGUCCGAGGCCAAGAAUCUCAUCCGCGGCAUGCUGUCCGUGGACCCGGCCAAGCGACUUACUAUCCACCAGGUGAUGGCCAGUCCCUGGGUGCGUCAGUACACCCAAGUGCCCCAGACGCCGUUAUACACCCAUACAUUAUUACGAGAGAGCGGUGACGCGUGGGCCGAGGUUCAGGAUGAGAUGACACGCUCCUUGGCAACGAUGCGCGUCGAUUAUGACCAGGUGCAAAUAAAAGCCCUCGAACAGAGCAACAACACGUUACUAAACAAGCGGCGGAGCAAAGUGAGAGCCUGAAGCCAGUAGUGUAAGCUUAUAAACGCAUUUUACCUGUUUAGCUAGACGAUGUUAUCAUAUCCUCACCAUAGAAGCAUAACGCCAAGAAACGCGAGUGGAGCAAAAGUGGCACUUCAAACUAUAGGUAUUACUAGCGCUUAACUAAGUCUGCCUGAGGUAUAGGAGUGGCAGGGAAGGGGUGGCAUUA